CGUUGAGUCUCGGGAGAGUGUGCUUUCUACCACGCGUCUUCUCUUGCCAGCGCCGAAUGAUCGUCCUCAGCCAAUGGGCGGCGAGCUGUACGGUAUUGCCGACCAAUCAGCACGCUCGCUUUCAACCUUUAGCCAAUCCGAGGAGAGGAGGGCAACGUGCUGGAGGAUCAGCUUCGAGGAGCCUGAUGGAGCCGGGCUGCAAGCGCCGCAAAACGGCAGAGCCCACUGAUUCGUGGGAAGUCGUACCAGUUCUUUCAGAGCAGGAGUCCCAAGGAGUCACGCUGAUGCCGGUUUAUGCCACUCCCGUCCUGGAUAAGAAGGAGGCCUGCCGGCUGGUGAAGGAAGUCUCUGCAGUCUACCCACUGGGCGACUACCCUCACCUGAAGCGCAUCCGUGCCUGCGUUUCUCCAAACAGCCCACAUCCCUUGGAAAUUAUCGUGUGCCUCGCAAACGCCAAAGAAGAGCCGGAAGGCUUGCGUUCUCUCUCUGAGCUCUUCCCCAGCGGGCAAGUGGAUCUGCAUGGCUUAGGACAACCUUUCUUAGCCUUGGUCCCCGAUCGCCCGCCUUUGACACGGCCACAGUAUGAAGAAGCUGUGUCUCACUGGCCUGUCUCUUUCCACGAGAACAAACGCAUCACGCAAGCCAUCAACGGGAGCCUCUUCACUCCUUUGGAGAAGGCCGCCAUGCAAUACCACAUGGAGUUGGCCAUCCAAGCGGCACAACAAGGGGCAAAGCAGGGCAUGAGGCCAGUGGGUGCGGUGGUGGUUGAUCCAUCCUCUGGCAAGGUUUUGGCUGUAGGACACGAUUGCCGGGAUGGCCUCAAUCCAUUGCUCCACGCCGCCAUGGUUUGCAUCGACCUCGUGGCCCACAGCCAAGGAGGGGGUGCCUACUGUUACAAGGACUACCCUGCUUGCGUUUUCAAUCAACAGGACCACCAGUCUGGUCAUUCUUCCCCUUCCACCAAUGGACUUCCUUAUAUCUGCACUGGAUACGAUAUGUACUUGACUCGAGAGCCCUGCGCAAUGUGUGCCAUGUCCUUAGUACAUUCGCGCAUUGAGCGGGUUUUCUAUGGAGUGCCGUCCCCGCAUGGAGCCCUGGGGACUGCGUUGCACAUCCACAGCCGCAGAGACCUCAACCACCGCUAUGAGGUCUUCCGGGGUGUGUUGGAAGGACGGUGCCGGAGCUUGGAGCAGGAAUCGGCAAGAGACAGCACAUGAAGCGGGGAAUAACUUCUUUACAUGAUUUCUUUGUACUUUUUUAACAAUUAAAAAAUUACAUUAUUUUAAGAAUGCUUA